AACACAAACACAAACACAAACACAAACACAAUGUCUUCUCCUCCUCCUCCUCCUCUCCUCUUCUUCCUUAUCUUCCUCUCCGUCGUCACCGCCAUCAAACUACCACUCUCUCCUCUCUCCCACCACACAGACCAAUCAUCACCCAACAACGACCCUUACCUCUCUCUCCGCCGUCUCGCCGACUCCUCCAUCUCCAGAGCUCAAAAACUCAAACAACCAUCCUCCAUUAAACCCGACGAAGACGCUCUCACCGCCCCCUCCGCAUCCGCCGCCGUCGUCAAAUCCCCUCUCUCCGCUAAAAGCUACGGUGGAUACUCAGUCUCACUCAGCUUCGGCACACCGUCACAAACAAUCCCUUUCGUCUUCGACACCGGAAGCAGCCUUGUCUGGUUCCCUUGCACCUCACGUUACCUCUGCACCGGGUGCGGUUUCUCCGGGUUGGAUCCGACCCGGAUCCCUAGAUUCAUCCCCAAGAACUCCACUUCCUCUCGGGUUAUCGGGUGUCAGAAUCCGAAAUGCCAGUUGUUAUUCGGACCCAAUGUUAAAUGCAGAGGAUGCGACCCGAACACCCGUAACUGCACAGUCGCUUGUCCGCCGUACAUUCUCCAAUACGGAUUAGGAUCAACGGCUGGGAUUUUACUAUCCGAGAAGCUAGAUUUCCCUGAUCUAACUGUACCGAAUUUCGUCGUCGGAUGCUCCAUUCUCUCGACCCGACAACCCGCUGGUAUCGCCGGGUUUGGACGCGGAGCCGAAUCUCUCCCCGUGCAGAUGAAACUAAAAAGAUUCUCUCACUGCUUGGUCUCCCGUAGGUUCGACGACACCAACGUGAGCACCGAUCUGGAUCUGGAUACCGGGUCGGGUCAUAAUUCCGGGUCGAAAACUCCGGGUCUAACCUACACUCCUUUUCGAAACAACCCCAACGUCUCAAACGCUGCGUUUUUAGAGUACUACUACCUCAGUCUCCGGAGAAUCUACGUGGGGAGCAAGCGCGUGAAGAUUCCCUACAAGUUCCUCGCGCCGGGGGGCGACGGAAACGGAGGAACCAUCGUGGACUCCGGGUCCACGUUCACUUUCAUGGAUCGACCCGUUUUCGAGCUCGUUGCUGAGGAGUUCGUUGCGCAGAUGGCGAAUUACACGCGAGAGAAGGAGUUGGAGAAGGUCACCGGGCUUGGACCGUGUUUCAAUAUCUCCGGGAAGGGAUCGUUGACGGUGCCGGAGUUAGUGUUUGAGUUUAAAGGUGGAGCGAAAAUGGAACUGCCGUUGUCUAAUUACUUCACGCUUGUCGGAAGCGUUGAUAACGUUUGUUUAACUGUGGUUUCGGACAACACUGUUGGUGGUGGUGGUCGGAGUGGUCCGGCGAUUAUUCUCGGGAGUUUUCAGCAACAGAACUAUCACGUGGAAUACGAUUUGGAGAAUGACAGGUUUGGGUUCGCGAAGAAGAAGUGCAUCCCGUGAGUUUCCAGGGGUAGAUUUGGGAAUUUGACUUUUGCAACUAUGAGAAGAGUUUUAUGAUUUAUAAUUUCUUUUCCAAAUAAAAGGAGUUGUUAACUGUUUAUAAUUAUGUUUACGAUUGCUACUUUUUACAUAUUUUUUUUAUAAUUAUAAAAUUAUUUCACCAGAUAAUAAAUUUAGCUGGCAAAACUUUUUUGUAAUUAUGAAAUUAUGUAAAAGUAGUAGAUAUGAGUUCGACUUAUUUAGUAAUAGUUGGAUGCUGAAAUUGUGGACGU